AUGCGCUACCGUAUCUGCUCGAGUGUCCCCCUGUCUCUGAGACGGCAGGUGCUCGGCGCAGUGCCCGGGUAGCGGCGGCCUCCGCUCAGCCCACACGGCCGCCGGCUGUCCGCAGUAGGAUGUAGAUAGCGGCUAUCGUCCCUAUCGGCGCGAUAUGGGACGGCGACGCGCGGCGAUCGGCGACGUCUCAGCUAUCGGCGGAUUAGUGGCGAUCCUUGACGUCAGUCGGAGGAGCCCGGCGGCGGCGGCAGUGUCUGUGACGCUGUGACGCCGCGUUCAGAGGUGACUGGCUGGAUAAGGUGGCUCCGACAGUGAGUGGUGAGCGGGUCAGUGGAUCCAGGCGUGUGGUCAGUGGAUGGUGCCGGGCUCGUCUGCUCUGUGGACGGUGUGACGGGUGACCCACGGAGACACGGGGUCGUCAGGUCGGGGAGGUCCGGUGCCGUGACGGGGACGGUCGGCUGACGCUCGGCCAGCCACCCCUCCGCCGCUGUCGGGGAGUAGAACCACCCAGCUGUGCCCGCGGCGUCUGUCAGGGAGUAGAACCACCCAGCUGUGCCCGCGGCGUCUGUCAGGGAGUAGAACCACCCAGCUGUGCCCGCGGCGUCUGUCGGAGGGUGACCGACCGGCGCGCCCGGCUGCUGCUGCCGAUCUGACCGCGCAGACCGCCAUGGGACCUAACGGACGAGGACUGCCGCUGGUUUUGGUGGCCUUGCUCGUGUCGUCGGCCGUCUCUUCAGACGGGUCGCGGCCGUCCGGUUCGGCCGGCGACUGGAUGCCGAGGCUGAUGGAGCUCAGUGAAGACGAGGUGGUGGACGAGACGCAGCCCGAGGAUGUCGGACAGGCAGCCGUCGAUCCCUGCGUCUCCAUAGAGGACUGCGUCGUCAACUGCACGCUGCCCGACCUACAGGUGGUCAGCCUGCAGUCAACCAACUACCAGUGCCCGACACCCGGCCUGUGGACGAUCACGCUGAACGCCUCCUCGGAGGACGCCGUGCUCCGACUGCACGUGGAGCAGGCCUCCCGGCUGGCGGUGGACGAGUCGCUGACCGUGCUGGAGCCGGACGGCAGCACGCUGGCCGUGCUGACCGAGUCCCAGCCGACUACCUGGGUGGCCGCGCCCUCCUCCUCACUGGUGCUGGAGUACCAGCAGGAGGAUCCCGCCAGCCAGAUCCAGAUCUCCCUGGUGGCCUACAAUCAGACCCAAGAGAAUUACGAGAUCACGGACAAUAUGUCGGGGACCGUGGAGGCGCCCGAGCAGGCUCACUGGACGGGCGGCGCCGACUACGCCGUGAACACGGAGCACCUCUGGCACCUGAACCUGCUGGAGACGGCCAGCAGCAUCAACUUCACCGUCCGGGACCUGGAUCUGGACGCCGGGGCCGGCGACCUGCUCAUCAUCGGCGCCGGUGACGGCCCGUACGCCUCCGAGCCUGUCGCCCACCUCUUGACCGGGAGCUUCUCCACACGACACUACCACGUGCCGGCCGGCGAGGCGUUCGUCUACCUGCUGUCCCGGUCCCACGCGGCGCCUCGAACUCCGUUCAAAGUCAGCUACACAGCCGAGAAGGUCAUCGGCUCGACGACCAUGGCGCCGACCACGACGGACCGCAACCAUCCGCCGACGCCGAGCAACCAGGACUUCCAGCUGGACUGCUACGUCACCGGCACGGACCCGGGCCGCUUCGUGGACCCCAACGACACAGCCACAGCCCACCUGCGGGAGACGCUGGCGCUCUGGGCCAACGUCUACAAAGGCGACCACAACGUGCCAGCGUGGCGAGAUGUCAGGUCUGACGACGUCCAGUUCAGCGCGUGGAUGAUGUGCGACUACACCUCCGGCUGGGUGGUCACCGACCCCAACUGCGUCCGGGUGACGUGGUUCAUCGAGCUGCUGGCCACCGACGGACAGUGGGCCUUCCUGGAGCCGCAGCUGUACGGCAUCGUCUUCGAGAACGGCGCCGGCAUCAACAAGGACCUGGGCUACCAGUUUUCUCUGACGCUGACCGAGGUCAACAAGACGCUGUGGUGGGCCAUCACCAUCGCGCUGGUGCCACUGGCGCUGCUGGUGUUUAUGGUGGUGAUGUGGAUGAGCUCUCGACCGGCGCACGCCAGAACGGACAUGGACGAUGAAGGCAGCAUUCCCGAAAUGGAAGACAUCGACGACCACAAAUAUGGCAUUGAUCAGGAAAUCAGGCCGUUUGAAGAAGACCGGGUGAAGCAGGCGUUCGCUGGAGAGGACACGCUCAAAGAGUUCGACCCGGAGGUGCACGGCACCGACCGACACCGCUACCUGCCCAAGCGGCCGCUCAAGUCGGCGCUGAAGGCCCCCAAGCCGGCGCCCCCGCCCUCGUACACCAACCCGGCGUUUGAGGGCGACGACGAGGCUGGCGGCGGAGACUCCUCACUGAAACAGGCGCUCAUCGCUUCGACCACGGCACCAGUUGCGGCCCCGACUCCGGCUCCGGCUCCGGCUCCGGCUGCGGCUGCGGCGGCUCCGGCCCCGGCCCGCGCUCCGGUCCCGACCCCGACCCCGACCCCGGCCCCGGCUCCCGUGGCUGCGGCUCCGGUGCUGCCGUCAGAGCCGGCCUCUGCCGAGCUGACGGAGCAGCUCAGACUGCUGAACGAGCUCAACAGGACGCUGAAGGAGGAUCAGCCGCAGGCGAGCGGCAUCGAGCUGCCGCGCGUCGACCGGCUCGUCAAGCCGCUCGGCGCGGCGGCCACGCCGAAAAAGUUCGUCAUGAACGAGGAUGGAACUGGAACCGAGGUGGACAUUGUACGACCCGGUAAGAACGUCAUUCAGCUGGAUGGUGAUGAUGACGGCGGAAACAGGAAGUCCUCCCACGUCUGAUCAAGCCGCAGCUGACCAGCGGGCUUCGGCAAACGUGACGACUAUCGACUACUAUACAUACGAGUACAUAUCUGUAUACCCACUGUUAGAGACACCCUAUAACCAUGUAUGUUUUAGACACUUUUAUCUACAUACUUCGACAGCUUUAAAUGCCACACUGAUGUUGGAUUGUUAGCUAUGUCUGUCUCGGUUUAUUAUGGAUAUGGAAGUUAAGUUGCCUGAUGUCUCGUGGGCACCCAUGGGAGAUACGGGCACUAUCGGGAUUGAGUAGGUGAAGAAGUGCCUAACGAGUGGUGGCCUUAAGAGGUUGAUCCGCUGUCACCUGCAGUCCAUAGUGCCUCACAUCUAAUUUAGGAACAAAUGGCGCAUGACCCAUCGGGAAAAUGUCAAUAAUUAUUCAAAUGUGCUUUGCAUCUUUAAUGAAAUACGAUUUGGCUCAAACUCAGAAGCUCCUUAUUGAAAUGAUGACGUUUUUGCUUAAAAGGAGACGUAUUUGAAAUUAUUGACUUUUCUGGUUUUAGAACCCAAGGUUUUGGUCACGCCCUACUAGUUUUUAUUUCGCCUGUUCAAUAGAAAAAGUCCGCUGUUCCGGUGUACUGUAUUACUAUAUAUCUUUAAGCUAAAUAUAUAUUUAUCGACCAGCGUUGAUUAA